UAUUUUGUUUUUUGGUAAAGUAUAAUUAGUAAUACUUGUCCCAAAAGAUGAGUACGUAAUUUUAUAAGCUUGUAAUUUUUUUAACAAUUUAUUGUCCUAUUGUUUUGUGUUUGUAAAUGUAAAUUUUAAUAUUAAUUGAGACCUAUAAUGAUUUAUAGUGCUUUGUAAUUGAAAUUAGGGGAUAUUAAUUACAGAUGAGUUAAAAAAUGAUUAUACUGUUGACGAUUUCCAAAAGAAAAAAGAAAACAACCAAAGACUCGCUGCUCGCUCAGUUGUCUGAUUUACGACACAACAGAGAACAUGCAAAACAUUGUCAAGACACGUAUAUAUAGGCGGGACCCACAAAUUGCUAUUUUCCACCGUUACAAGGACAGCAUCGGUUAGGACUGAACCAAAUCUCUACGUAACCGAUUUUGAUUAAAAAUGUUAAACCGUGACUGAACCGGUUUCCAAAAUCUCGCCUAUCGUCUCCCCCACUUGGAAGAUAAUAGGGUUUUUAUUACAGGGUUUAAGCCAUUUACAGACAGACACACACAGAGAGGUUAUGAAUAACCAAACCCAAUCAAAAAUCAUAUGAAGAGAUCGAUUUCGACUUCAAUUGCAUCGAAAGCUAAGAACUUUCUCAAUCAUCGCCGUCUUCUUGAGAGAGGUAAUCCUCUAACUGCUCCUUUCUUUAACCGUUACUCUUACACGACACGAACUCUCUCUACCUCCAAGAGACCGAAAGACCCACUUAAACUGUUCUGUCUCAUGAUUCAAUCUCGUCCCCUUCCUUCAAUUGUCGAAUUCAGCAAACCGCUGAGUCAACUCGCCAAAACCAAGAAGUUCGAUCUUGUGAUCUCUCUCUUCAACCAGAUGGAGACUCUUGGAAUCACGCAUGAUCUUUACACAUACAACAUCGUGAUCAACUGUUUAUGCCGUUGCUCUCGGUUCUCCAUUGCUUUAUCUGUUAUUGGGAAGAUGAUGAAGCUUGGUUUCCACCCUGAUGUCGUCACGCUUAGCUCUCUGAUCAAUGGGUUCUGUCAAAGGAACAGAGUUUUCGAUGCUAUAGAGUUAGUUGCUAAAAUGGAGGCAAUGGGGUGUAAACCAGACGUUGUCAUCUACAACACCAUCAUCGACGGUUUCUGCAAGAACAGGCUGGUGAACAACGCUUUGGAGCUCUUCGAACAGAUGGAUAAGAAUGGAGUUAGAGCGGAUGUUGUUACUUACAACUCUCUUAUAACCGGUCUUUGCAGCUCCGGUAGAUGUAAUGACGCUGAUCUUCUCUUGAGAGAUAUGGUGAUGAGGAACGUUGUUCCUAAUGUCAUUACUUUCACUGCGUUGAUCGAUGCGUCUGCGAAAGAAGGGAACCUUUUGGAGGCUGAGAAGCUUCACGAGGAGAUGGUUAAUAGGUCUAUAGUUCCUGAUGUUUUCGCUUACAACUCGAUGAUCAACGGGCUUUGUAUGCACGGUCGAGUAGACGAGGCUAAACAAAUGCUUGAGGUGAUGGUGACAAACGAGUGCUUGCCUGAUAUAGUGACUUAUAACACUCUCAUAAAUGGGUUUUGCAAGUUUAAGAGAGUAGAUGAUGUGAUGAAACUCUUCAGCGAGAUGUCGGAAAGAGGAUUAGUACGAGAUACGGUUACGUACAACACUAUAAUCCAGGGCUAUUUUCAAGUGGGCAAACCAGAUACUGCUCAGGGGGUUUUCAGACGGAUGGAUUCUCCUCCCAGUCUAAGGACUUACAGCAUUUUGCUAUAUGGUCUGUUUAAUAACGGGAAGGUUGAGAAAGCGUUGGUUGUAUUCCAGGAUAUGCAGAAGAGUGGGAUGGAUCUUGAUGUUACUAUAUAUAAUAUCAUGAUUCACAUAAUUUGCAAGGCUGGUUAUGUGGAAGAUGCUUGGGACUUGUUUUGUAGCCUCACGGACAAUGGAGUUGAGCCUGAUGUUGUAUCGUACACUACCAUGAUCUCAGGGUUUUGUAGGAAACGCCUGUGGCGUGAAGCAGAUGAGUUGUAUAGAAAAAUGCAUGAAGAUGGGCUGCUUCUACUAUAGCAGAUUGUACAUUCUGUGAAACUGUAUAUUGUUUGAAGGAAAAAGAAACACAUUAUUGUAUUUUUUUUUCUCUGUUGCCUAUUGUAAUUUUGAAUGAUUACAAGUAAAAAUGUAAACAAGCUGGGAGAGUUAUGUAAUAAUGUCUGAAGUUAUUCAUAACA